AUGGGCUUAGGUCCAAAUCUCACCUAUAAUGGUAUAGACUACGAAUGUUUGAUCUGUGAAAGGUCUUUUGUUUCUCUUGAUGCGCUCUAUGACCAUUGCAGACAGACUUUACGGCAUGAAUGGUGUGGGAAGUGCCGCCGAGUAUUCAUCUCGAAACCAUCUAAAAUCGCACACCUUCAAACGUCCAACAGACAUUACUUUUGUCCAUCUUGCCCUCAACCAAGAGACUUCGAGUCUAGCAAAGAGCUCGAAGACCAUUUAGUGGACAAUCAUCACGUUUGCCUCGAUUGCAAUAUAAAUCAUGGUUCCGCUGGGCAACUCCAAGAACACGUUGCCCAACACCACCUUUGCACAUUAUGCGAUCGCUACUUUAGUAAUGAGAACAAUUUACGAAUGCACCAGCAGAGUCACCAGGCCCGAACCAUGGAAUGCUACGGCUGUUACCGGACUUUCAGAUCACUUUCCGGAAUGUUAAUCCACUUGGAGGCUGAGAAUUGCCCGUCAGGUACUACUGAGGAGGAGAUUGACAAUAUAGCCCGCGAAUUUUACCAAAGCUGGAAGUACAGAAUUUCUGAGGAUGGAGGGUGGCUAUACAAGUGUCCAAGCUGUGAUAAGGAGUUUUCAAAACUAUCUGCGCUGUACCAACAUGCUGAGGAUGUCCAAAUGUGCUCGUCUCUUGUCAGUGGACAUGGUUGUCUGGCUAAACUGGAACAAUUCAUGGCUCGCAGUCUACAGUAG